AGAGGCAAAUCAUGUUCUUAUCAAGACUUGUUCAAAGCUUCAAAAGACUUUCGUCUCAAUCAAGAGUUUGAGCAUUGGACUAUUAAAGAAGAUUGAUCGAUCAUUGUUGUAUUUUACUGUCGCAUAGUUUACUUCAUAGCUUGCGAUAUGUCUAGUGAGCUUGAACCAGAAACCGUAUAUGACAUGGUGUUAGUAGACCGAGAAAAUGAUGUUCGUGUAGUAACAAAGCAGUUAUUUAGGCUAUACACUCUCCGUAAACUUGGUCCCCCUUUCAAACCAGUCAUACCCUUUGGUCCUCACCUCUUCGGAAGUGGGAAGACAAAAUUCGUACAAAGUUACUUGGAACUAGUGAAUAAUAUGGGUGAAAGUGCACUGAUAGGUCUCGAUCACGUUUGUGAGUCUGAGAAGGCCAACCGAAGAGGUUUCUUGGAGAAAUUAAAAAGGGCUUCAGUGUUGUACGUCGAUUUAAGGGAGUUGGAGCCCACAGACCCGAAAGAACGCAACCUGGAAUGGGCAGUCUACUAUUUGUUAAUCAAGGCCGCCCACUCUCAAGUUGGCGCUGAAAUAUUUUCAAAGAAAGAAGCCUUCGAAAAGGUGGAUAUGGAACCUUCCAACUUAGUUCCACUAUUACGAGAUAUACUAAGGAUUCCUUCUGAUCAAUAUCUUCUGAUAGCAUUUGAUGAAGUUGGUGUCCUAGACGAAAGUCUCGACGAAUUUCAUUUCAAGAGAACCCAUGACGAUAGAGUUCGACCUUACAACGACUUUAUCGGUAUCAUUAGUCAACUGUGUGAAGAACCCGACUUGUUUUUUAUAGUUGUUGGGAAAAGUGAAGGCUUAAAUAUAUACAAUUACGUAGCUUCAGUCUCAAGGGUUCAGUUAGUAUUUAUUCCUCUUUCGCCGCUUGAGAAACAUAGUAUCGUGGAACAUUUGGAGAAAAGUUCUUCCUUUUUAUUCCCUGGGAGCCCAAAGGUUUCAGAAAUUCUUUGUCACGAAGACUUCUCAACUAGUGAACUUGCAGAAUUGUUGUUGGAAUUGACUGGUGGUGUUCCUCGUUUACUUGUUCGAGCAAUCAGUUACCUUUUGCUGUAUAAAUCAUCCAACAACAAUUUCUUAUUAUCUAAGGAAACCUUCUUGAUCAUAAUGAAUAGCUUUCUAGUAACAAAUUAUUGUGUUGCGACAUUCUUACCUCGUCUGAUAAGUCUCAGUGAGCAGCGUAAGCGCUUGUUAAGAAUGCUUACGUUAUUAUCUUUGUAUCGUAUUCGAUUUGAUUUUGAUGAAACUGUGCAAA